UGUUUUUGUCCCAUGGCUGUCAUGUGAUAUUCACAAGAUUGAAAAAGUGCCUUCUUCGUGAUCACUUAUUAAUAAUUUUGUGUUUUCUGUUCCAUCAAUAAACCUGCUGAGCACGGCAGACCUGCAGUAUUACACCUAAGUUAUUAAAAGUGUACAAAAAUGGUUGAGGCUUACGUUGCUCCAGUUGUUAUCACCGCCAUUUGGGCGUUCAUUGGCAUAAUAUGCCCCUUCUUCGCUCGUGGCCCUAACAGGGGGGUGACUCAAUGCUGUAUUAUGCUCACUGCUGUUACCUGCUGGCUCUUUUGGCUGUGUUGUUAUUUGACCCAAAUGAAUCCCCUAAUUGGCCCCAAACUAUCCAUGAACGAAAUUAUGAUAAUGGCACGUGAAUGGGGAAACGAAAUCAAAGACACCAUGGACGUCGUAGCAUAAAAUGGAUUUCGAAUGCCAUUCCUUAUAAACCGUUUUGUUAUUUCUUUCCAUUAAUUUUGUUUACAUCCUAUAAUUGUGUUUUCACCAAUGUGUCUUUUAUAAACUGUUAGUGUCCAUUAUAUUAUAUACAAAUAAAUAAUUUCCAUAUGUAUGUAUGAUGAA